CAUCAACAAUUCAACAGUUUGGGCCAUGUUUAUCAUUUAAUGAGAUUUUGUACAUCAUGGGGUACGCACAAAACGUGUAACUUCUCAGCACUGUGGAGAAAAGUGAGCAUGGUUUCCAAGGAGUAGGCACUGUUUAAAAGUUUAAGGAUAUGGUAAAAAAUGCAACAAGUGAUUUAUUUGCUGCCACCAAGAAAAGGCUCUAUAUAAAAAGUGUAAAAAUCCUCAUUCCUUCUACAUGGAGAACAGGAAAUAACUAUAAAAAAACAACCACAGAAACCUUCAACAGUGCCGAUAUCAUUAUUACAAAUCCCUAUCUGAAGUAUGGAGAUGAUCCGUAUACGUUACAGUACGGGCGCUGUGGGGAGCCGGGAAGAUACAUCCAUCUCACCCCAAACUUCCUGCUGGACGACGAUCUACUGGCUGCGUACGGACCAAGAGGAAAAGUGUUUGUCCAUGAGUGGGCUCAUCUGCGAUGGGGGGUGUAUGAUGAGUACAAUGAGGAAAAACCCUACUAUGUUACAGAACACCGUAAAGUGGAAGCGACAAGGUGCUCCUUGGAUGUUUUUGGUAUUAACAUAAUCAAAACGAGUGAAUGUCAUGGAGAAAAUUGUCCAACAAGACCUUGCAACUUCGAUACAGGGACUGCACUCUAUGAAGAGGGGUGUCUGUUCCUGCCGGAUGUGCCCCCGUUUGCCCGGGAAUCUAUAAUGUAUUCUCAGGGGUUGUCCUCCGUAACCGAAUUCUGUGACUCCAAAAUGCACAACGCGGACGCUCCGAAUUUACAAAACCGAAUGUGUAAUUCCCGCAGCACAUGGGACAUUAUUAAGGACUCGACAGAUAUAAGCUCCAGUCCUCCGAUACCUGAAAACAAACUCCCUGUCCCGUCCUUCACGUUGCUGCAGAGUAGAGGCAGAGUCAUUACUCUGGUCCUCGAUGGGUGGAGCCUGGCCCAGAAUGACCGUAUGAGACGACUUCUCCAGGCGGUGGACGUGUUCCUCACCCAAAUCGCUGAACCCUCUUCGGCUUACGUCGGUAUUGUCCAGUUUUCCAGGACGGCGUCUGUCAUUUCCCCAUUGCAGAAAAUCAAUGAUCAACAACGGGAAAAGCUGAAGUCACUGAGAACAACCCCAGCGAUGGAUGAAGGGGCCGAUAUUUGUUCUGGAAUCAUCUCUGGGCUGGAGGUGAAUAAAGAUCUAGACGGCUCAGCACAGGGGACAGAGAUGGUCCUGCUGACAGGCGGAGAUGGAACGUAUGACCCCAGGCCGUGCAUCCAGGAUAUAAGGUCGAGCGGAGCGGUCAUACAUGUCAUCGCGCUCGGAGGCCAUGCAGGGGAAGAACUGGAAAAGAUGGCGGCAAUGACUGGAGGACAAUUUGCUGUUGUGGAUCCCUUGGACACACUCGGUGUGAUGGGCACCUUCAGUGGGAUUUUACCAGUAGAUGAACAGGAGACCAUUCAGCUGGAGAGUACAUCUCUUGACCUUCAGCCAAGAACAUGUUUGAAUGGCACCAUCUUCAUUGACAGCACCAUAGGGAACGACACCUUAUUUAUGGUCACCUGGGAGACAUCUGUACCAAAUUUUCAUUUACAAGACCCAAAGGGAAUCAUUUAUACCGAAGCCGAAUUCAUCACAGAUACCGUAUCAAAAUCAUCUCGGCUUCAGCUGUCGGGAACAGCAGAGAGAGGACGCUGGGAAUACGGACUCUGUAACCCCCUUACAUCAAAGCAAGGCAUAGGCAUUACCGUAACCUCCAAAGCGGCGGAUGAAAAGGUGCCGCCAAUUAUCGCCAGCUGCCAUAUGAACACGGAUACAAAUGAUUACCCAAACCCUAUGGUCAUCUAUGCAUCCGUGAGCCAAGGCCUGCUGCCUGUGAGCGGAGCGACAGUGACGGCCAUCAUUGAACCAGAGAGUGGUGACUCGGUGAUUACGGAGCUUCUGGAUACUGGAGCAGGGGCUGAUGUAGCAAAAAAUGACGGAAUCUACUCAAGGUACUUCACCUCUUUUAGUAAAAGUGGAAAAUACAGCUUGAAAAUACGAGUUAUGGGUAACGACGCCACAAGCCGACUGUCUUUGCCAACGAACCGCGCUCUCUAUUCACCUGGCUUCUCUAAGAACGGCAAAGUCACUUUUAAUCCGCCAAGACCUGAAAUCAGUGAUGACGACCUGCAGCUUCAUGUCGGAGAGUUUAGCAGAAUGGCGUCUGGCGGUUCUUUUGUUGUGUCCAAUGUAUCUUCAGGUGCACAGCCAGAUAUUUACAAACCGGAGAAAAUAUCGGACCUGGAAGCAAAACUGGAACAAUUCAGGACUGUGUUGUCUUGGACGGCAACUGGGGAUGAUCUGGACCAAGGACAAGCUUCAAAAUAUGAACUCAGAAUGAACACUGACCUCAAGGGAAUCCGAGACCGCUUUGAGAGCAGCGCGCUGGUGAACACGGCCGGUCUCAGCCCGCGGCCAGCUGGAGGCAAGGAAAGCUUUAUUUUUGCACCUGAAAAUACUACCAUAACCAAUGGCACUAUCCUGUACUUUGCGAUAAUUGCUAUAGACAAAGAGGGUCAGAAAUCAGACAAAUCUAACAUUGUUCAGUGUGUGUUCUAUAACGUUCCUCUGCCACCUACUACCACUACUGUACCCACCGAGCCAACGACACAUACAACGACAUCAGCCACGACUACAACUCUCACCACUGCUUCACCCCCGAAAGACUCCAAUGGGAAAGUUAAUCCUAUAGCUAUAACUGCAAUAGUAUGUUCUGCAUUGGUUCUGUUGUGUCUGAUUGUAUGUAUACUUAUUUGCCUUCAUGCCUGAGAAAAAAUAAAUAAAUAAAAGAAAGGAUGAC